CACGUGGAGGAAGUGUGUACUUGCGCAUGCGUGAAAACAAUGUAAACAGGAACUAAAAUGGCAGCUCACAGAGCGAGGCUCCAAGAAUUUGAGGACACCUUGACAUCCGAUUCCAUUGAUAGUAAACGACUUAGAAGACUUUGUUUCAACGGAUGUCCAUUUGAGAAUGGAUACAGAUCAGUGUGCUGGAAGUUGAUGCUCAACUACCUUCCGAAGAACAAGUCACAAUGGAAAGAAGUGCUAUCCAAACAACGAGAGCUGUACAACCAUUUUGUGGACGAGAUGAUAGUGAAGCCCGGGUCAGAGGCUUCGUCUGGUGCUCACGCUGAUGAUCAUCCAUUGAAUCCGAACCCUAACAGUAACUGGGGCACCUACUUCAAAGACAACGAUAUGCUUCUACAGAUAGACAAAGAUUGUCGACGACUUUGUCCAGACCUUUUUUUCUUCCAACGAGCGACAGAUUUUCCGUGUAAAGAGAUAAUCCACGCAGCCUCUGGUGUUGAGACCCUUAGAAAGCGUGUGGAGCAGUGCGUUCUCCAGUCAGAGACCAUACAAGUUGACAGACAGGGCAAGUCAAAUAUGAUAAUGAGUCGACGUAAGCGGAGCGAGGAGUACAUGACACUACCAGAUGGACAGGAAGCCCACUGGGAAGUGGUAGAGAGAAUACUGUUCAUAUAUGGUAAACUGAACCCCGGACAAGGUUAUGUACAGGGUAUGAAUGAAAUCAUUGGUCCUAUCUACUAUACAUUUGCCACAGAUCCUGACGUCACAUGUAAAGAAUAUGCAGAAGCUGACUCUUUUUUCUGCUUCACCAAUCUCAUGGCAGAGAUACGUGACAAUUUCUUAAAGACACUCGACUUCGACUCUCAGUGUGGAAUAGGUAGCAUGAUGUCUAGGCUUGUAGACAAGAUGAAGACGAGUGACGAACGUGUAUCCCAAAGAUUACAGGAACUCGACCUGAAGCCCCAGUAUUAUGCCUUCCGGUGGAUAACACUUCUGUUAUCACAAGAGUUCCCUCUCCCAGAUGUCCUACGGAUAUGGGACUCAUUAUUUGCAGAUGAAGAUCGGUUUGAUUUCCUCAUAUGUUUGUGCUGUGCAAUGCUCAUACUUGUAAGAGAUGAACUGAUAUCAGGCGACUUUCCUAACAGUAUGAAACUGGUCCAGAACUACCAGAAAACAAAGAUAGAUUUACAGACCAUUCUGUCCAAAGCUGUCGAGAUCAGAUAACACCUGGGCCGGUAUUCUGUUGUACUGGAGGAGGUCAGUGUUCCCAGGGAUGUACUAAUACUGUGCAUUGAACAACUGUGAUAAAUAGGGGUCAGGAUAUCACGGACGAGAAGUUGGACCGGAUUUGUGCCAUCGACCUUCACUAAUUGGGUAAAAAGUGUCAUGGUCAAAAUGGCUGUUUCUGGAUGUACCCUUAUAUGUACAUAAACUUAUUAAAUUAUCUGAUCACUACGAAUUGUCCUAUCAUGAUUCGUAGGACUGUUUGCUUGUGAUGGUAUAGAUAUAUGAUAUCAUGACGAAGGGGUCCUUUGAUAUUUGCGUAUGACUAUUGGUGAAUCGCCGCUGAGCUAUAUCAGUUUUACUCACAUUUGGAUAUUUUACUGUGAUCAUUGUGCCAAUGUGUUGUUUGUCUCUAGCACUAGUCCCAUUGUCUCUUAAAAUAAUUCAGUUCAGACUUUGUGCUCCUCAGUUUUUAACCAUGAUACCUUGGUAUCUGUUUUUUAUGACAAAUUAUGUUUUAUUACGUUUUUACUUUGUAACUUCUUAAUUAACAGUUAACAUAGGGGCAAUGUUACCUCAUCAUUAUUAACAUUUACACAGGAACAAAUGAAAAAUGACUUAUUAUAACAAAUGAAUUAAGGAAAGCCUGGCUUAUAAUGUGUACUUGCCAAUUAUUGAGCCUUUACAACCAGUGAUUUUGCUGAACUAUUGAUAUAUCCUAAGAUCUGAUGAUUUCAUCUGAAAGAACAGCUCAAAAUAUGCCAUUUAAUAGUGACGUUACCCUAUGGAGUGGAUUCACACCUUUUAUGUUUUAGUUCUGAGCAUGUGUAAUCUCCUGCAUGAAAAUUUAAAAAGGUCAAGUAUGAUAAUUAUAGAUACAGAAGCCAUGACUUAUAAUCGAUACAGAUAAAGAAAACAUGACUUAUAAUGGAAACAGAUAAAGAAAGCAUGACUUAUAAUGGAAACAGAUAAAGAAAGCAUGACUUAUAAUGGAUACAGAUAAAGAAAGCAUGACUUAUAAUGGAUACAGAUAAAGAAAGCAUGACUUAUAAUGGAUACAGAUAAAGAAAGCAUGACUUAUAAUGGAUACAGAUAAAGAAAGCAUGACUUAUAAUGGAAACAGAUAAAGAAAGCAUGACUUAUAAUCGAUACAGAUAAAGAAAACAUGACUUAUAAUGGAAACAGAUAAAGAAAGCAUGACUUAUAAUGGAAACAGAUAAAGAAAGCAUGACUUAUAAUGGAUACAGAUAAAGAAAGCAUGACUUAUAAUGGAUACAGAUAAAGAAAGCAUGACUUAUAAUGGA